UGGGGAUGUUUAUUCGAGGCCUUGAGCGGCGGCUGCGGGGCGGCGGGGCCGGGCCGGGGUGUAGCGAAUUCCGGCGCGAAUCCAACCGCGGCCGUAAUUGGGGAAAUGCGAGGGGCAGCCGCGGGCACAGCGGGCUCAGGAGCCGCUCCGGCUCCUCCUAAACGCCGAGCCGAGCGCUCCUAAAUGAUCUUGUUAGCGGCAGGAAUCAGGCCGGGAAUUGUCCGUGCGGAAAAAUCUGGUGGGAGGGCGACGGGUCCGGGCUGGGAUUCAGCUGCUGGAGAGGGGGUGGAGGGUCCUGUCCCUGCAUCCAGCCCGACUGGGAAAUGAGGAGAAAACCUCCUGGCCUGUCCCACUGGAAGUGCAUUGUCGUGGUGGUGACAGCAGCAGCGGUGCCAUUUUGGGUUCAAGUCGCAGCUUUUGCCUGUUUUCCCGAGCUGGAGCGGGCGGUGGCCACCUCUCCCCUCCCAGAGGGAACAACGUGCUUCCAAACCGCUCUUUGUGUGCAAAGCAGAAUUUCAUGGAAAGCGUUGGGCGAAGGGAUGAAAACGUUUUGAAACGAGGCCAGGUCUGGGGUUUGCUCCCCCCGGGCCCCGCAGCAUCCCGGUGGAACUCGGUACCCGGCUCUGCCGUUGCCAUGGGAACACCGUUCCCAAAUUCAGCCGGAUGAGUUGCAAAAUCUGCUCUGGGUUUGAAGGCAAAUCCCUCUUUCAGGAGAGCACCCGGGAGCGCGGGGGGGUUACGGGUGGAGGUCGCACAGCCCUGCCCGGGGGCAGGGGAGCCACCUCGGUGGUGUUCAGCUGCCAGGAGAAGGGAACAGGAGCCCCCUACGCUGCCAAGAUCCUGAAGAAGACGAUCGACAAAAAGAUCGUGAGGACGGAGAUUGGGGUCCUGCUGCGGCUCUCACACCCCAACAUCAUCAAGCUGAAGGAGAUUUUCGAGACGCCCUCGGAGAUCGCGCUCGUCCUGGAGCUGGUGACGGGGGGAGAGCUCUUUGACAGGAUCGUGGAGAGGGGGUUCUACAGCGAGCGGGACGCGGCUCACGUGGUCAAGCAGAUCCUGGAGGCAGUUUCGUAUUUGCACGAAAACGGGGUCGUCCACCGGGACCUGAAGCCGGAGAACCUGCUCUACGCAGACCUGUCCCCCGACGCGCCCCUCAAAAUUGGUGACUUCGGGCUCUCCAAGAUCGUGGACGAGCAGGACACCAUGAAAACGGUCUGCGGGACGCCGGGGUACUGCGCCCCCGAAAUCCUCCACGGGUGCCCCUACGGCCCUGAAGUGGACAUGUGGAGCGUGGGCGUCAUCACCUACAUCCUGCUCUGCGGCUUCGAGCCCUUCUUCGACCCGCGGGGGGACCAGUACAUGUACAGCCGGAUCCUCACCUGCGACUACGAGUUCGUGUCCCCGUGGUGGGACGAGGUGUCCCCCAACGCCAAGGACCUGGUCAGAAAACUGAUCGUUUUGGACCCCCAGAAGAGGCUGACGGUGUCCCAGGCCCUGGAGCACCCCUGGGUCACCGGGAAAGCGGCUAAGUUUGCUCACAUGGACAGCACGCAGAAGAAACUGGAGGAAUUCAAUGCCAGGAGGAAACUGAAGGCUGCCAUGAAGGCCGUGGUGGCCUCCAGCCGCCUGGGCAACCACGGGCACCACGACUGCUCCCGCGGCGGGCGCAGCCAGGGGGGUCCCCGGGGCCCCUGCCCGCCCCAGGGCUCGGGGACCACCGGCCCCGGAGCCCCCACGGCCGACGAGGACCUCGGCGUGUUCCAGAGCGACCACCCCGCCGUGCCCCCCGUGCCCGUGCCCGGCGCCGGCUGCCAGAGCUAACGGGGUCACCUCCGACCACCAACGCCCGCCGAGCCUCGGGGGGAGCGGGGGGGCCGCGAGAGCCCCGAGCCCGUGGUCUGGGCUGUGGGACGUCCUUCUUUCGUGUCCUGUUCCCGGGAGUCGUCCCGGUCCUGCCCGUGUGUGUCUGUGCCCACCCGGCUCCGGGGACCGGGCGGGGCUGGGAUGUGACUCCUGG